UCUCUCUCUCUGUUCUGAAGCUUUCUUCUAUUUUCUUCACAUUUCUCUUUUUCUUUAACCCAUUUCUCUCUCACUCUGUUAGUUUAUCCUUUCGUCGAGUCCUUUGCUCCUACAUUCUCUCUUUGCUCUUUCUUCUAUGAUUUUGUGUUCAUUCUCCAUUUUCAUUCUCUGUUGAGUACCUUUGAGCUUUUUGUUAAUCUCAAGCUGUUUUCUGCUCUGUUUUCAUCGCAUUUGCUGAGUUUGUUGUCAAAUAAGGCUCCGUAGUACUCUGUUUCUUGCUUCUUCUUCUUUCCCUUUCGAUUCUUCUUUGGUAUUUGGUGAAUUUUCGAUUCAACUUUGACAUUUUGGGUGUUGGGUUUCUUUUAUUUCUUCGGUUUCUGCUAGUACUGAGGUUGCUGUUUGUUGGUGUAUUUCCCCUGUUUUUCUGGUGACGUAGAUUUGGACCGGACUGGGGGAGGAACAGCGCCAUCUGAUGGCGCUGUUUAGAAAAAUAUUCUACCGGAAGCCUCCAGAUCGGCUUCUCGAGAUUGCGGAGAGAGUGUACGUGUUUGAUUGUUGCUUCUCUACCUACGUCUUGGAAGAGGAUGAGUACAAAGCAUAUUUGGGUAGCAUUAUACCAAAGCUGCAAGACCACUUUCCUGAUGCAUCUUUCAUGGUGUUUAACUUUAGUGAACGAAAGAGGAAAACUAAAACUUGGGACAUACUGUCUCAAUAUGGUAUGACAGUGAUGGAAUAUCCUCUGCAAUAUGAAGGGUGUCCUCUACUGCCAUUGGAGAUGAUCCACCACUUCAUUCGGUCGAGUGAAAGCUGGUUUUCAUUGGAGAGACAAAAAAAUGUAUUGUUGAUGAACUGUGAACCAGGAGGAUGGCCAAUCCUUGCUUUCAUGCUUUCAACUCUCUUAUUGUACUGUAAACAAUAUGAGGGGGAGCAGAAGACCCUUGAAAUGGUCUACAGGCAAGCUCCUACAGAACUUCUCCAUGUCCUUUCUCCAGUAAACUCACAGCCUUCUCAAAUGAGAUACCUUCACUAUAUUUCUUGGAGAAAUCUAGGUUCUUAUUGGCCUAUACCUGAUACACCUCUAAUUUUAGACUGUCUGAUAUUUCGAGAGCUUCCUAUGCUUGAUGGAGGAAAAGGGUGCAGGCCUAUCAUACGCAUUUACGGUCCAGACCCUUUAACACCAGGAAACAGAUGUCCUAAACUUUUUUUUUCCAGUGCAAAGAUGGAAAGAAAUGGUUUCCAGUAUCUACAGGCUGCAAGCAGAGUGGUAAAAAUGGAUGUUCGUUGUCAUGUUCAAGGCGAUGUUGUUCUUGAAUGCAUCCAUUUAGAUGGAGAUCUAAUACACGAGGAAGUGAUGUUUAGAGUUAUGUUUCACACAGCGUUUGUGCAUUCAAACAGUUUGAAGAUCAAUCGUGAUGAGGUUGAUGUUUUAUGGGAUGCCAAGGAGAAGUUUCCUAAAAAUUUUAGAGUAGAGGUACAUUUUCUGAAUGCUGAACAUAUUGUGCCAAACCUCACCUCAGCAGCAAAAAGUGAUGACAAAAUCGAAAUCGAAAGCAAUUCGACUGAGGAGUUUUUCGAAGUGGAAGAAAUAUUUAGCAAUUCUGUUGACGUGCAGGAAGUAAUGAGGGAUUAUGAUGUUCAAAUGGUACAUGCGAAUGAAACGAAUGUUAUAGACAAUCAAGUAGUGUUGAAGGAAGAUGCAGACCCGCCUACAUUCCAACGCUGUAAAUCAUUUGGAGGGAGUCAUGACUUUGACAAGAAGAUGGAUUGUAACGUUGAAGCAGUGAAGGGCAUCACUGUUGAUGAUGUGACUUUCAAAACAGAUGAAAAAAUGGACUCUGGUCUUCAUGCCGUGAAGGACAUUGUUGUGAAUUAUGGAGAUAACAAGACAAAUUCUUUAUUAUUUUCUGGUAAUGUACUGAGACGUACAGGGAUCAAGGAACUGAUAGACGAUGCUUAUGACAUGUUGGAAGGGGUGGAGCAUAAAGGGUAUGGGGAAGAUACUGCUAAUCCACACGUUGAGUUAAAGCAUCCUUCAAAAAUGAUGGAAGCUGAUGCGUGGAGGCUUAAACAGAAGCCCAAACAGCCUGAAAAACGGGACUUUCUUGUAAAACAGGCAAAACCAAAUACUCUUCCACCAGCUCUUCAGGCUAACACAUCUUUCUUGCAUGUAUCAUCUCCUAAAGUUUCUUUGUCACCCUCUUCAUAUUUUCACAUAAAUGCAAGAUCUCCUCCUCCACCUCCACCACCACCACCUCCUCCACCUUCCAAUCACUUGGCACCUAAAAGUUCAUCAUUAGUGUGUGGAAAUACACCUAAGCAUAGUGCUCCACCACCUCCGCCACCACCACCUCCUCCACCUUCCAAUCACUUGGCACCUAAAAGUUCAUCAUUAGUGUGUGGAAAUACACCUAAGCAUAGUGCUCCACCACCUCCGCCUCCACCUCCCAUACCUGGAGCUCUACCGCAAUUAUCUCCCAUACGGCCACCGGCUUCACAUGGAGCUCUGCUUUCUCCACGCCUAACAAAUGCUAGAGCUCUGCCACCACCCCCUCCCCCACCUCCUCCAUUUCAGAGGACAGCUUCUGCACAUUUAACCCAAGGGCGACAGGCUUUAACAUCUCCAACAACAUGUGUUGUAUCAUCUUCCCUGCCAUCUCCAAUUUGUGAAGCACCAUCACCUCCUCAACCUACUACUGGUCCUCUUGCACUGGUUCCUUCUUCCAGAUCUCCAGGAGGUAUGUCUCCACACCUAGGAGCUAAAGGAGUAAGUUCUUCAACUGAUGUGAAAACAUCAUCUAUAGUAAUGAGGGGACGUGGGUUCUCGCGGAGCACAGGGGUGGCUGCUAAAGUGCCUCAACGAUCAUCAUUGAAACCUCUGCAUUGGAGCAAGGUAACUCGGGUACCAAAAGGGAGCUUAUGGGAAGAAUUGCAAAGAUGUGGAGAUUCUGAAAGUGCACCAGAAUUUGAUGUAUCUGAGCUGGAGACGCUUUUCUCUGUGACUGUCCCUAAACCUAUUGCUGAUUCAGGAGGUAAAUCCGGAGGACGAAGAAAGUCAGUUGGAUCAAAAUUGGACAAAAUUCACUUGAUUGAUCUUAGGAGGGCAAAUAACACUGAAAUCAUGCUAACAAAAGUUCGGAUGCCACUGUCUGACAUGAUGGCAGCAGUACUCUCCAUGGAUGAGUCAGUAUUAGAUGUAGAUCAAGUGGAAAAUCUUAUCAAAUUUUGUCCCACCAAAGAAGAGAUGGAGCUUCUCAAGGGAUACUCUGGUGACAUGGAUAAACUUGGCAAGUGCGAACAGUACUUUCUAGAGAUGAUGCAAGUUCCUCGUGUGGAGUCGAAGCUAAGAGUAUUUUCUUUCAAGAUUCACUUCAGCUCACAGAUAGCAGAGUUCAAAAAAAGCCUAAACACUGUAAACUCUUUCUGUCAAGAGGUGAGGAGUUCUUGCAAAUUGAAGGAGAUAUUGAAAAGAAUUCUUUGCCUGGGAAAUAUGUUAAACCAAGGAACUGCUAGGGGUUCUGCAAUUGGGUUCAGGUUGGAUAGUCUCUCAAAACUCGCUGAUACACGUGCUUCUAACAAUAAGUUGACUCUCAUGCAUUAUCUGUGUAAGGUCGUUGCUUCUAAGUCACCAUCACUUCUUGAAUUUCAUCUGGACCUUGGUAGCUUGGAAGCUGCGUCUAAGAUACAAUUGAAAUCUUUGGCAGAAGAAAUGCAAGCAAUAACAAAAGGAUUGGAAAAGGUGAAGCGGGAACUAGUUGCUUCGGAAAGUGAUGGCCCCAUCUCUCAAAAUUUUCGUAAGAUAUUGAAAGGAUUUGUUAGUCUUGCCGAGAUGGAGGUCAAAUCUGUGACCGUUCUUUACUCGGUCGUGGGUAGAAAUGCUGAUGCACUUGCUCUAUAUUUUGGCGAGGAUCCUUCCCGUUGUCCAUUUGAACAAGUUACAGGAACUCUGUUCCAUUUUACAAGAUCCUUUCUGAAAGCACAUGAAGAGAAUAGCAAGCAGUUAGAAAUGGAGAUGAGAAAGCUGAGAAAAUCUAACAAGAUCGAUACAAAACUGAGUUUGGAGCUGGUAGAAACUUUAGCCUCCCAGAAGGUUUGCCAACACUAAUGGACAAUUCAAUUAUGACUCUGAAUUUCCUCCAAACCAACACAAUCUGCUUCAAUUUUCAUAAUCUUGAAGUAAAACUGGAGCAGACCCUCUGCAUUAGUUUUGUCGGAUGAGGCAUUCAAGUUGAGAAUUUGAAUAGCUUCACAACUGAGCCGGCGUCUAUGAACCAGCCAGACUCUCAAUCUUACAUCCACCAGCCAUAACUAUCUGUACAAAGCUCUCUCCCUCUUCAUAUUUCUGGACUUUACCAAUUAUGUAACAUAAGUUUCUGAAUUUCUAUCCUUUAACGAUGUUGUAUAGCUCUAUAAAUAAGAAUCAUUAAAUCAUUUACAACAUUUUCAA